CCCUCAAGCUUUUCUUCAUCUUCUUCGCCGCAAAUCCCAUUCCACAGCAUUCUAAACACUUUUUCUCUGUUUUUUCCCCUACUGGGUUCGUCGAAACUCUCUGAAAUUUCAUGUCCAGAAUGGCGUCGAAAUCAAGAAAGCCUCCCCUCCCCUACAGAUCUCCAAUUCGUCUCCGAUCCCGCCCCGCUCUUCGGCCCACGACCAACACCGUUCUCACCCCUCCUUCAGUUUCUGUGACGAAAUCGGAGCGGCAAUGGGGGAUCCGACCCGAAUACGAAGCGAUCUCCGGCGAGCUCCGCGCGCUUGCGAUGAUGGUGGAUCAAGAAAUCGGAAAAGGCGGGGACUUUGGCAAGGAGAAUCGGGGCGAUCCGACGAACCCGAGGAGCCCGUUGUUCGAGAGGGGCAAGUUGUACGAAGAGUACUCGGCGAGGAGGAACGAGAGGCUGAGGAAGAAGAAAGGCGGGCCCCCCGGGACGGAGGCGGAGGAGGAGAAGAUGAAGAAGGCGAGCUUUGGGCUCGGGGUGAGGGUAGAAUCGUCGGCAAUGAAGAGGGUUCAGAGCGGGAGGAAGCCUGUUCCGGCGACCCCUGUUUCGAGGCGGAGAGAAACUCCGGCGCCGGAGCAGACGCCGAGGUAUCUGCUGAGGAGCAUGACGGCGAAGGAUAAGAACAAGUCUUCUUUGGGUAGUGGCUUUAUUAUGAGUGCCGGAGAGAAGAAUCAGAACAAGAAGAAGAAGAGUGGAGUUGGAAUGUCCAGCUGGAGAAACGUUUGAUUUCUUCUUCUUCUUCCUUUGAUUCUUUAUAAAAAUAAUAUAUAUAUAUUCUGUGAAGAAGCUAAUAUGUCUCAUAGCUUUGGAUUAUAUGCCUACUCUGAACUAUGAAGAAGCUUUGCAUUAUUAUGCCUACUUUGAACUGUGAAGGAGGCCUUUUCAAGGCCUCUCUGUUUUUUUAGUUGUUUGAAUAGUGUUGAGUGUGUUCUAAUCAUAGUUUUCAGAACCACCGAUCAAGGCACUGGUUCACUGGUUU